AUGAAUUCUGAACGUUUGAACUGGUACGCUAGUGUCCUUUGGUUCACACUUUUCGUGUUGAAAAAAUUUCUAUAUUGGCCCGAGGAUACCGUUCCUAAAUUGGUCUCUCCCGCUUAUUAA